CGAUCUGUGAACGCUGGGAGGGGGGCUCUUUAAAUCUCUCCCGCUCAACUCCCGACUCUUACCCCCCUCCAAAAAAAUCAAUAAACAACAACGACGCUAUUUAAUUGCACUGUAUUUUUUCAAUUAGAGUUGGACACGAUUAAAUUAAAAACGUCCGAUUAUUUAUUUGUGUGUUUCGCAGUUCAUGCUUUGUCUGUAUUUUUUGCACACCUCAAGAGGAGGGCAGAAAUGGCGGCCAACAUGUACCGGGUCGGAGACUAUGUCUUCUUUGAGAACUCUUCCAGCAACCCUUAUCUGAUAAGGCGGAUAGAAGAGCUGAAUAAGACAGCAAGCGGGAACGUGGAAGCCAAGGUGGUCUGCUUCUACAGACGGAGAGACAUCUCCCACAGCCUCAUCCAGCUGGCGGACAAACACGCGAGAGACCUGGAGGAGGAGAAGGAGGGUCCCCGAGACCCCGAGCUCAAUGAGAAGCAGAAGCACCAGCUGCGGCAUCGCGAGCUUUUCCUGUCGCGGCAGUAUGAGUCACUGCCAGCUACGCAUAUCCGGGGGAAGUGCAGCGUGGCGCUGCUGAAUGAGACCGAGGCCGUCCUCUCGUACCUGGAAAAAGAGGACACCUUCUUCUACUCGCUGGUGUACGACCCCACACAGAAGACCCUGCUGGCGGACAAAGGGGAGAUCCGCGUGGGCCUCCGCUUCCAGGCCGACGUUCCAGAUAUGCUGCCGGAGGGAGAGCCUGACGAUAGAGAUCAGUCCAAGCUGGAGGAGAAGAUGUGGGAUCCCCAGUGUCCCCUGACCAGCAAGCAGAUCGACCAGUUUCUCGUGGUGGCCAGGGCGGUGGGGACGUUCGCCCGCGCGCUGGAUUGUAGCAGCUCUGUCCGGCAGCCCAGUCUCCACAUGAGCGCCGCUGCCGCCUCCCGUGACAUCACGCUGUUUCAUGCCAUGGAUACUCUACACCGGCACGGCUACAACCUGGCCAGUGCCAUCAGUGUGCUGGUGCCCCAGGGCGGCCCGGUGCUGUGUCGAGAUGAGAUGGAAGAAUGGAGCGCCUCUGAGGCCAGCCUGUUUGAGGAGGCGCUGGAGAAGUACGGCAAGGACUUCAACGACAUCCGGCAGGACUUUCUUCCCUGGAAGUCGCUGACCAGCAUCAUCGAGUAUUACUACAUGUGGAAGACCACGGACAGAUACGUGCAGCAGAAGCGGCUGAAGGCGGCAGAAGCGGAGAGCAAGCUGAAGCAAGUUUACAUCCCGACAUAUAGUAACAAGCCCAACCCCAACCAGAUCUCCGUCACUAAUGGCAAGAUGGCCGCCGUGAACGGUGCUGCGGGGCCAGGUGGAUAUCAGACGGCGGGUGUGGGCCGGGCCUGCGAGAGCUGCUUCACCAUGCAGUCUGCCCAGUGGUACUCAUGGGGCCCCCCCAACAUGCAGUGUCGCCUGUGUGUGUCUUGCUGGACGUACUGGAAGAAGUACGGGGGGCUGAAGAUGCCCAGCCGAAGCGAAAGCGAGGAAAAGGCGCCCCCCAGUCCCGCAGCCACUGAAUCCCGUCCACGGAGUCACGGUCCCCGGCAGUCAUCCCACAUGGUCCCCAUGCGAAACAGCAACAGCCCCAGGUCCUCCAUGAAGACCAAGCAGGCCUUCCUGCUGCAGGCCACACGCCUCACCAAGCUGGCCCGUCACAUGUGCCGUGACCUCAUCAGGCUGCGCCAGGCAGCCCGCCGCCCCUUUGUGCCCAUUAACUGUGGCGCUAUAAAGGCGGAGUACAUGAGCAGAGGUCCGGAGGGAGGGGGCCGGCCAGCCCGCCUCAGAGCAUCCCAGAGAAGCACCCUCUCCAGUGUCCUGCAGUACCUGGAAUCUCGGCCCGUUGCCCACGCUCCUCGUACACCCCGCACCCACGGCCUUCGGGUCCAGCCCCCCAAGAGCCUGCUGUCCUCCCUCCCCAACCACGGGCCGCUCGGCAUGCUGGGAAAGCGGAGUUACCACCACCAUAGCCGAAUAGAGGCAGCAGAGAGGCGGGGAAGUGUGGGUUGUCAAGAUAACUCCAGCCACGUUGUAGGGUCCAUGCUGCACAACGGGAGGAGCGGCAGCAGUAUCCCCCGGAACAUCGAAACCAUGCUCCAUAAGCGACGGCCCAACUGGAUUGAGGCACCAGACGACAGUUUCUUCCUGGUGUCCCAGGAAACCAGUGCCGCAGCCGUUAGACCCCUGCUGACGGACGAUCCGGAGGCUGGUUUCUCACUCCCAGCUCAGGAGGGCCUGUAGGCAGCCGUGCGAGCAGAUCCACAGGAGAAAGAUUCCUCAUGGCCCGGCCCACGGUCACCUCCAGGACCUGAGAGCCCGAGACCCCAUCGUCAUCCAGGACUGACCCCCGAUGGAGACCUUUGUGAUCAACUCGCUGACAUCCCCCACCCUCCUUGUCCCACCUCCUACCCAUUCUGGCUCUCGGUUCAUUGCUCCCCCGAUGAACCAGAAUUCCCAUCAUGUACCAGCAUCACUGGAAGAACUAAUUAUUUAAAAAAAGAUACUAUAUCCGCACAGUAUAACAUGUGCCCAUGACUGCCCUCUGCUGGUGAAAAGUAAAGAAACAACAGAAAUAGCAAAUUUAAAAACCGUACGUUGCGCGUACAGUCUAUUACACGGAUAUUCUUCCUUCCAUGAUGAUUACUCCAUUGUAAAUAACAAACUGUCCAGUUUUUUGAAAUGGUGUUUUUAAACAGUGACCUUUGGGUUUUAUAUUUGCUUCAGCCAUACUUCCAUCCCACACUUUGCUGACAAUCGGUACCCUAAAGAGUGGCGAGUUGGCGGUGAGAUCAGCCACCAUGAGACAGGCCAGGGGCUUCAUCUCAGUCGCCUUUCAGUUUGCAGCCGGACGUUUUUCUAGGUAGAUUCACAGUAAACACCUCGUUCAAAGGUUCAACAGCUAACCCCCCUUUGCACUGUGUAGCUCGCCUCUGAAUGCGCCAUCACUCGCUCUAGCGGGAUACAUCGAGGCUCCCGGAUUUGCACAAGCCUGCGAUUUCCUCUACCCUGUUUUCUUCUGCUUCUCCUAUAAGUCCAAAGUGUCUGAUGAGAUGCAAAGCGGAAUAAAACGCGACUGUCAACAGGUGACUGUCACAGUCAAACCCUCACCCCACCUGGAUAUGAUACCUUCUCUCUUACAUUGCAAAGACAUUGAUGACAGAAAAUCUGCAUCAUCUGUAAUUGAUUACUGCACCUGGGUAUAAAAGCUGCUAAAGUAUUAGACGAAUUGCUGUAAAUUUGUUAACAAAGCAGUUUGCAGGAUGCAAGAUGGGAAGACAAUUAUUAUUAUGAACUUAGGUUGAAAUUGCUAGGAUGACAAGCAGAGACCAUCGUGCCAUGAAGAUGCAUGUAUUUAGGAAGAGUUCAGAUGUUUCCCAAGAUAAUACUCGCUUAUUGAGGAAGAGCUUAACAGAAAACCAACGGCAAAGAGAUUUAACGAAGCCAGCAAUGUCUCAAGGUCAACAAGGUUGCUGGAUACUUCACCACAUUGGAAAAUGUUUUAUGAUUUUCAACCUCCACUGGAGGGCAGCUGCAAAGUGAAGCUUGUAGAAUGGGCCUGGAAAUAUUUAGAAUGGUAUCAUUCACUGAUGGGUCGAACAGAUAGAGAAAGGGCUUGGUCAAAAAUGGAAGACCUCAUUCUCACAGACAAACUCCAGCAAGGAGUAAUGGUGUGAUUUUCUGGACUGGAACAAUUGGUGGUGAGCUGAUUGGCCAUUGGCAAGCUGCUGAAGGUAUAAACUUGACUGCAGAUGCUUAUGUUGAAUUUCCAAAACGCAACUUUGUUCCAUGGUGUAAAACUAAGCAUUUGGCUAUUCAUGCAUGACAAUGCUCAGUCAUACGCUGUAAGGAAGACAGAUGAAUACUGUCUGAGACUGCAAAAAUAGCUAUCUUAUGGAGUGAGCAGUAUCUUCAUCCAAUUUUAUUCCCAUUGAGAACCUAUGGAGCAUCAUAAAGCAAUAGAAUUAUGGCUCUUGAUGCAAGUUUUCUCGAAACUGUAGGGUGUUAUUUCAACAUCAGUAAGAAAUAUUCUACCUGUGGAAAUUCAGAAUCUAAUUAGGUCAAUGGAUGAAAGACUAAUAUUGGUCAUAUCUACCCAAGAGUAAAUAAACACUUUAACUAGGGGGUUUGUUAUAUGAAUCAUUAUUACACCUUUGUUAUCCAUUCUAAAUAAACAUUGCUACAAAUUACUGCUUCUGUACCAACCACAUUAAUGAAAUUGUUUUUAUCAUCAUUGUUUAGGAUUGAUUAAUCGCAUGGCACAGUGAAAAGGUGCAUAUUUUGGUAAAUCAUGGAUAUUUCUCUAAAUAUUACAUGUAGCAUGACUUUGAUGACUUAUUUGUACAUAAACAAUGAAAAAUUGGUAUAAUUUU